AUGGAGUCGCACGCGGCGAAGCAUCAGUGGCUCGAGACCCUCGAGCGGUUCGCGUUCUCGCCCGACCGUGCCGCGGUUGUCUCGUCGCUCGUUCCCGGAAGGUUCUUGCACCUCUUUUUCAGCGGUACAGUCCCUGCCGUCCCUUAUGCGACGAUUGUUGCUCGCUCCUCCCUCGUUCCAUUUAUUCCCUUUUGUCUCCGCACCCCCGUUCACAUACCUACUCCGCGUUUCCUCGUGCCGCUGCAAGCCAUCGAGGCGGGGGACACUGCGGAGGCGCGCGCCCUUAUCGCCACUCUCCGCGAAGCCGCGGGUCUCAAGCCCGCGUCCGGGGACCCCGCUUCCCCCUCCCCCGCGCCUCCGCGCAAGUCGGCGUUCAAAUCGCGCGACGCGCCGCCGAAGCUCUCGAGCGUGACGGCGGACGCCGCGUUUCUCGGGCCGGGCGGCCUCGUUCGUCUUAUUCAGGAGCUCGAGCUGCGGCUCGCUGUGGCCCUCUGGGACUCUGGAGAGCGCGACUCGUGCGUUGACAUCAUAAAGAAGUUCAAGGCUUCCCCCAUCCCUUCCCACACACACCCGCAUCGCUCAUGCUACAUUCCCUUUCCGCCCACACUUCCCCCCUUGUCCGCCACCUCCCUCCGCCCUUACCCCCGCCCAACCCUUCACAAAUGCCCCCCUUCUCUCCUCCCCCUUCCGCAACCCCCCUCCCGCCCUCCACCCCUCGUCCGGCUGGCGACCAAUCAGGAGCUGAAUGUGACGCUCAACACCGCCCUUCCUGCUAGCAUCGCCGCAGAGCCUGCUGCCCCCGCUAUAGUGCCCGCUUUUGAUGUGACAAUAGAGGAUGCGGAGGGGGCAGUGGUGGCUGUAGCGCCAGCUGUAGCACCCGCCACAGCUGCAGCGGGGACUGAAACAGCUGGUGUGGCAACAGCAAUUGCUGCAGGAGGCGGUUCAGGUGGUGUUUCAGGUGAUUCUGGUGCCAGUGGGACAUCCGCCCUCUCCUCAUUCCCCUCCACUCUGCCGCCCGAGUUCGCUGACCAUUUGUCUCUUCUGGAGCUGACGUGGCAGCGGCAUGGGUGGCAGGGGCUCAAGGAGGGCGGGCUUGCGCCAGUGCUGGCGCGCCUGCUGGCAAAGGGGGAGGCGGAGGGGCAGGGGGAAGGGUCGGGGGGAGGGUUUGGGGGAGCGUCUGGGCGGGGGGUGGGGGUGGGGGCACUGGUGGGGGAAGCUGCGGGGUGGGUGGGGGGAGCGGUUGGUUGGAUAAAGGGGAAGGGGGGAGGCUGGAGGAGGGGGGAAGGAGACGCCUCUCUCCCCCCAUGGCUGCACUGCAUGCAUAGCAGCUGCAACGAUGCCUCCGUAUCCCCCCUCCUUGUGCUCUCUCCCCUCUUCCAUCUCCCCAUCUUCCGGCUAGAGGACCCCCUGGCAUGGAAGCUGCAGCGAUGGGAGAAGACCAAACCUGGCCUCCUCUCGCUUCCUCCGUUUCCUGUCCCCGACCCCGCUUCCUCUCUCAAACGGUCCUCUCUCUCCCUCUCCACCAGCAAGUGCGGCGCCCCUCACUGCCCCGCAUGGAAUGGGAGCUGCAGCGAUGAGAGCCGACCGAGCCUGACGCCGUGGCAUGGGAGCUGCAGCGAUUGGAGCGCGAUGAGCCGGACGCCUUCAGCCGACUCAGCACCAUUACCCCAGUCCUUUACCCUUUCAAAUCGCGUUUCCCACCUGUGUUCUCUUUCCCCUCCUUCCCUGCCCGCUUCUCCCUGCCUCCUUCCCUCUCAUGUCUCCCCUCAUCCCCCCGCUUCUCAUUUCUCCUCCUCUCCCCAAUCCCUCCCCUCUUCCUCCUCCCCCUCCCCCCCUUUCCCUUCACGCCUCGCCCCUCCCCCCGCCAGCCUCCCGAUUUUGCAGAUCCUCACUCCCCCGCAGCUACAGUCUCUUGCCGCCCGCUUCCCGUCCAUCGCCACACAUCCGCGCAUGCUGGCGCUGCGAGCCAUUCAGAUGCUGCCACGUGGCAUCUACCUGGACCGCAUACAACCACUGCUAACCGGUGAUCACCUGAGGGCGAAGCUGCUGUUUGCGCGCCUCACGCUCAGCCCCGUGCACGGCCAGGCAGAGAAAUUCACCCUCCCUUCCUCCCAUUCCCAUGCCCACCAGCUACCUGGACCGCAUACAACCACUGCUAACCGGCAGAGAAAUUCACCCUCCCUUCCUCCCAUUCCCAUGCCCACCAGCUACCUGGACCGCAUCCAACCGCUCCUUACCAGCGACCACCUGAAGGCGAAGCUGCUGUUUGCGCGCCUCACGCUCAGCCUUGUGAACGGCCAGGCGGAAGCUGCCCUCCUCCUCGCCUUCCUCUCCCUCAUCCACAACGGCCCUUACGGCAUCUUCCCCCCUGCAAGGCCACACGAGGAGGAGGCGUUCGCCUACUUCCCGCUCUUCGCCUCCUGCCCCUCACCAUCCGAUGUCAAGGAGCUCGUAGCCCAGCUCUUCCGAAACCUCUUCUCCUCGCCCUCCUUCUCCUCCUCCCUCACCUCCCCUCCCUCCGCCUCCUCCUCUGCCUCCCAUUUCGCUCUUCCUACGAGUAUCACCUCUCGCUCUAUGUUCCAUUCAACUCCUGCCACGUCAGCAUCUGCCACGUCAGCAGAAGCAGCAUCAGUGGCAGCCUCAGCGCAGUUCCCGUUUGCACCGGAUUCGCCGGAGGCAGCGGCGCUGGUGGAGAGGGCCAUGCAGACGUGGCAGCCUCUGAUUGGGCAGGGCAAGCUGGACUGGAGCUACGUGGCGCUGCUAUUGGCUGAGAGCCGGCUGUGCUGCGCGGACGACCCUUACUACCCUGUCUGGGUUCACCUCUAUCUCACGUCCUAUCAGCGCCAGCACACGCCUGACAACCCGACAGCUGGCAGCAGCGCAUUGGCCGAGCUGACGGGGCGCUGCCAGCUGGACUUUGCCGCCCACAACCGGCGGGUGUGGCGGGCGGCGGAUUCGGUGCAUCUGGACGUGAUUGUGAAGAACGUGCCUGUACUCGCUAUGAAGCUAUUCGAGGUGGACUCGCUGCGCUAUCUGCUCUCCUCGCCUCGUGACACCGAAUUCUCCAACCUGGGUUCACUGCACGGCCUCAAACCAUGGUAUCAGCAAGAGAUUCAUCUGCAGCAGCAGGAACAGGAACGACAAACUCACCUCCCCACCACCACCACUACUACCACCACCUCCUCCUCCUCCUCCUCCGCCUCCCCUUCCCGCCCCUUCUCCCUCAUAAGGCGAAUCCUGAGUGUGGAUCUGCCACAGCUGGCCGGGCGGCGGGGCGUGUUUGUAGUGCAGCUGGAGGGCGGCGGUCUGUGCGCGCGGGCGAUUAUUCGAAAGGGCAAUCUAGUCCACACGGCCACCCUCACCCCUCGCGGACUCUCCAUCCGAAUGCUCAACGAAGACGGCGCUCUCGUGCUGCCCACCACUGCAACUGGAGGCUCGAAUGGAGGCUCGGCUACAGCCUUGGGUGGAGGUCUGGACCAAAGCUCGGUGGGGGGAGAGCCUAGUGUGCUGGUUGGCUCGAGCAUCCAGCAGGGAGUGCUGGGGGGCCGGGCGGCGAGUGUGUGGGUGGAGGGGGUGGAGUAUGCGGUGGGGAGCGGUGGAGAGGUGCUGCUGCCGUUCACUGCCAGCAGCAGGGAGUGCUCUCCGGUGCUCUUUGACGGGUGCCUGGCUGCUGUGGGUGCAUCCGUGCAAGUUUCAGAAGAAAGUUACAACCUCAACUUGCAUGCCUGGCUCGAUCAGCCCUUCCUCCGCCCCUCUGCUGACGUCACCAUCCUCCUCCGCCCCUCCCUCACUCUCUCCCCCUCUCACUGGCACUCCUCCUCCUCUGUCCCAGCCGCCCCCCUCUCUCUCCUGCGCUCCCCUGAGCUCGUAAUUUCCUGGAAGCUUCUGGAAGGCCAGGAUGUGACCGUUCGCAUUCCCAACAUUUCCCUCCGGCCGGAUUCGGAGUUAACGCAUAGGACAAAAGUCCCGGACGGCGCAGUUUGUCUGGAAGUGGCCCUCCGGGGAACAGUGGUGCUGCAGAGCAAGGGCGGGCAGGAGAAGGCACUGAGUGCAGAAGCUUCCUGGAAGGUGCUGGCGCCAUUUGAGCCUGGGGGAAGGGCGGCAGCGAAUGGGAGCGCGUGGGAGGGGAGUGGGGCAGGGGGAGGGGCAGGGGGCGGAGGGGGGAUGGUCCUGGGGGAAGUAGGGGGAGCGGAGGGGGGGGAUGGGGGGGGGAAGCAGAGGCCUGUGGAAGUGGAAUCUUUGUUUUUGGAGAUAAGAGGUGAGGGGGAGGAAGGGAUGGGGGAGGUUAAAGGGGGAGGAGCAGGGAAGGGGGGCAUGGGGGGGUAUGUGUUGCGGGUAGUGGGGGAAGCGGGGGAGGGGAAAGGGGGGAGGCGGGUGGUGGUGCGGCUGCGGCACCGGCUGGCCAAUGAAUGGUCGCCAGGUGUCGUGAUGAGAAGCGACGAUGAAGGGUGCGUGUAUUUGGGGUGGUUGGAAGGGGUGGAGACGGUUGGGGCGAGGCGGGUGGAAGAGUGGGGGGGAGAGGGGAAGGGGAAAGAACGGGGGGAUGGGGAAGGGGGAGGGUAUAGGGCGGGCUUGGGGAAAUGGGGAGAGUGGAGGGGUGGGGAAGGGGAUGGGGAAGAGGAAGGGGAGGAGUGGAUGGGGGGGAUGAAGGAGGAGUGGGAACACGUGUGGCAUGUGCAUGCACCACGGCUUGCUGUGAUUGGUCCACGUGGCAGUGUGGGUGGGAGUCCAGCAGGGAAGCUGCCGUCUCACGUGGUGGUGGUGGGCGGGGAGGAGAGGGCAGGUGAUGCUGCUGCUGCCGGUGCUGGUGCUGCUGCUGCUGCUGGCGGUGCUGCUGGUGAUGGUGCAGCAACAGGCUCGGAUAAAGUGAUUCUGCGACUGCCUUAUGUCUCCCAUGCUGCUGCUGAUGCUGCUGCUGCGGGCGGUGGCGGUGGUGGUGGUGAUGUUGGUUCUGCUGCUGCUGCGGGCGGUGGCGGUGGUGAUGGUGAUGUUGGUUCUGCUGCUGCUGCGGCUGGAACAUCUGAAGCUGCUGCGGCCGCACCAGUGUCCCCGUGUCUGUUCCGCGUGGCUGCUGCAUCGGAAUACGCAGUCGAGAAAGUGUUCCUGGCAGACUGCACGCAGCGAGUGCGGAUGAACGAGGUGAGACACAGACAGACACAGAGUGGUGAGCGAGAGAGGGUGCUGCUCUUUCCACCGUCCCAGCUCUCUCUCCUACUCCAAUCCAAGCCUCCUUUCGCAUUCUUCUUCCGCUAUCUGGAGUUGCUCACAGUGCCACCAGGGGACUACUCCCUCUUCCUCCCAUGUAACAACCUAACAGUUUCUAUCAACGUCCUUCCCGUUCCCCCUUGCUUUCUCCCCGCCUUACCUCCACCUUCCGCCAUCUAUCUCUGCUCGUCCUGCCCCAAGCAGGGCUAUCUGGAGCUACUGAGAGUGCCGCCAGGCGACUACUCCCUCUUCCUCCCAUGGGACAACGAAACCAUCUCCAUCCGCGUCCUGCCUCCUCCCCCUUCCUCCUCCGCCCACUCUCCCCCACCCUCUUCCCCACACCCCACUCCUGCAUCCACCCCCGCCUCUCUCCCCUGCCCCGGCUGGGCGGUAGACUCGGCGCGCAGAGAGCUCCGAAAGUUGCCGCCCAAGAGCCCACUCACCAUCUGUGCUGCUGCUGUUGGUGGGAGUGGGAUGGUGCCGGGGGGAAGGAGGGGUGGGGGAGGAGCAGGCGGGGGAGAGGGGAGGAAGGUUCUGUGGGUGAAGCUUGGGGGGUGUGGGACGCGCACGCGAGUGCAUGUGGUGGCGCGGCAAGGCAUGGUGGCCAAGGCUGUGCCUGGGUUUGAGUUGAGUGUGUUUGGGGGGGGAGGCGGGGAGGAGGAGGGGGGGGUGGAGGGAGUGUGGAGGGGAGGCGGGUGGGGAGGGGAAGGAGGGGAGGAGGGGAGGGUGGGGUUGGAGGAGGUGGAGAGUGAGUAUGGCGAGAAGCAGCUCAUGGAUGAAGAGAUCAUCUAUGUACAGAACCGCCAGAAGGCCCUCACCAGCAGCAGCGGAGCAGCAGAGCGUGUGGGGCAUCUGCUGCCCCUGCCGUCCCUGCUCAUCCACCCGCGUGUCACCGCUGCCACCACCAGCAAGCGCGCCCCUCCCCCUCCACGCCAGCUCCACUCCGACCCCGCUGCAAAGAAGAAGCAGCUGAUGGGAGUGAUGCUGCAGCGCAAUCGGAUUGACAAGGAUAUGAUGGCGGGGCGAGAAUGCGCAUCCAUGGCCAUGGGUUUUGCUGCACCACAAGCCGCCAUGUGUUUCGCAGGCCCGGCAGGGGGAAGGGGGAUGAGGUAUCGUGGUGGGGGUGUUGGUGCUGCUUGUGGCUUUGCCUCCUCGUUCCAGUCCGGCCCUCCUCCCAAACAUGCCCCUCUCUUUGCACCGACUCCCAUUCUUAUUGCUAAUCUGAGGCCGGUGGGAGGGGAGAAGAGAGUGGGGGGUGGAGGGGAGGGCGAUGAGGGGGGGAUGGAUGGGUGGGUUGCGGUGCCGAGAUCCUCCCUGCCACGUGGCAGCCUGUCAUUGACUGUCGUGGCUGUGGACUCGGGGGAGAGCGCGUGGGGGUGCCAGGUGGCGCGCUGUGAUUUGCUCGUUCCGGAGGAGGCCUGGGGGGAGGAGGAGGGGAGUGAGGGUGAGAAAGGGAGAGAGGAGAAAGGGAGGGAGUGGGUGGUUCAGGAGGCGUUAGAUCCAGCUAAGCAUUACCAUGAGAGGAGGGCGGUGGAGGUGUGGAGGAGGGGAGAGGUGCACCGCAUUGCUGACGUGGCAAUGGCACAGGUGGCGAUAUUCGACUCCAUCGAGCGAGCUCACGGCCUAUUGGCCAGCUUCAUCAGCCAGUCAGAGCGUGACACGUGGCAGCAGCUGGCGUUCCUGCUGCAGUGGCCGGGCAUGGCAGCGGGCGGCAAAGUGGACAAGCUGCAGCGCUUCGGAUCGCACGAGCUGCACCUCUUCCUCUUCUUCCACGACAACGCCUUUUUUGUGAAACACGUGCGCCCAGCCAUUGCCUCCAAGCUCGACCGCUCCUUCCUCGACCUCUGGCUGCUGGGCGACCUUGACGGGGUGCUGUCGUUCUGUGCCCUGCCAGCCUACCUCAAUCUGAACGCACUCGAGAGGUGCCUGCUGGGGCUUGCAGUGUGCUGCCACAUGCUGCUGCAGCACAGGGGGCAGCGACCCCUCGACUGGCCGUACCAGAACCACAUCAUCCAUCCCUGUGAAGUCCUGGAUGAUCUUAUCACGCUGGCAGCACCAACAACACCAGCGCUAGCAGCGCAAGCAGCAGCAGCCUCAUACCGCCGCUUCACCACUGCCCUCGCCAGUCGCAGUGACCUCCGCCCCCGCGCCGCACCCCCCGCCGAACCUCCUGCCAAACCAGGCGCCGAACCUGCAUCCCAGCACGUCUCUGCACCCAAAGGCGCCCCUCCCCCUCCCGUUCCCACUGCCCCUGGCGCUACCCCCCCUCCCCCUCCCCCUCCCCCUGGCGGUGCCUCUUUUGGGGGCAGUGGGAGGAUGGUACCCAUUCCUCUCUGUGCUGCUGCUUCUGGCAUUGGAUUUGAUGCUGAUAUAUCUGAGGAGUCACUAGAAGAGGAGGAGGAGGAGGAGGACGACGACGACAAUGAAGACGAGGAGGAAGAGAAGGAUAGUGAUGAAGAUGAGGAGGAAAACGGACUGAGUGAUGAGGAUACAGAGGGUGGUACAUACGAGGGUGAUGGUGGUUUUCUGGUGUUGGAGGAAGAAAAAUUGAAGAAGAAGCGGAGCAAGCCUCAGAUGCAGGCAGUGUCAUUGUCAGCGGCACCAGGAGGGGGAGGGGGAGGAGGAGCACUAGGGGGGCUGCAUUUCAGCUGCGAUGGAUGUGGCACCAACCCAAUCAGGGGACCCCGUUACCGCUCUCUUGUCCGGGACGACUACGAUCUCUGUGCAUCAUGCUUCGCCACCAUGGGCACACCGGGCGAGUACCAGCGAUUCGACUCCGGCCCCUCCUUUGGAGCAGCAGCGGCUGGGGAAGCAGAGGAGGCUGUGCCCGUUCCAUCAACUCAGCAGCGCCCUCACAAGGUGGACGUGACGAAGCGCUACGCGGAGACACAUUACUUCAAGCGUGCACUGAGCGAGCAGACACCGGACCUCAUCCCCGCCUCGCCCUUCUGGGUCGACUUCAUGCGCCACAUACUCUCUUCUGCCGAAGCUGCUGCCAAACCUGCUGCCGCUGCCGAAGCCACAGCCGCGGCACCCGAACCUGCAGUCAAUGUUGCUGCAGGAAGCACCUCCCCGGCUGCGUCUCUCUGCGCCUUUGCUCUCUCCCUCCCUCCCUUCGUCCCUGCAUCGCUGCACGAUGUUGCUUCCUCCUCCACGGCUGCUCUCUCCGCCCUUUCCAUCCUCGGGCUCCGCUUCGGCGGCAAAAUCAGGCAUGCAUGUGCUUAUAACGAGGAGGUUAAUAACGAAGAGACUGGUGGGAGGGUGGGCGGGGGAGGUGGGUCUGCUGGCGCAUUGGAAGGGGAGGAGCAUGGGUUUUCGUUUAGAGGCACGUCGGUUACAAUCACACCAGCAUCGCCCAUGGUGGUGUACAAGCAGGAGUUGUGUGAGGGUUCCGUGCCUAUUUCCCCUCUCGGCCGCCCCACCCAGCGCCUCCGCCUGCCGCCGCUGCAGCCCUUCCAGAAGCGAGUCUUCACUGCCCUCUUCUACUUCCCGUUUCCUGGAAGCUUCUCGCUCUUCCCUGCGCACCUGCUGCCUGAAGCUGGGUCAGGCGGAGGGGGCGGGGGAGAGGGAGGGGCAAGGGAGGAGGAGGGCGGGGCAGACGUUGGGGUGGUGGCAGUGGCAGCAGGGGUACCCGCAUCCAUCCCCGUCCUCUCAUCAUCCGAAUACGAGAAGAUGGAGAGGGAGAGACGCGAAUCCCUUCUCAAGAAACACUUGCAGGCAGAAUCAACAGCAGCUGCAGCAGACAGGCAGAAGCAGCAAGCGGGAGGCAAGGCACAGUCAGCAGCAGAGGAGGCAGCGCAGAGAGCGGAGCUGUGGGAGGUGAUCUGCCAGUCGGGCAGCGAGCCUGACAUCCUCCGCAUGCUGCAGGGCCCCUCCCUGCGCUCCCUCGACCUCGCGCUCCUCCUCCCCCUCAUGCCCCACGCGCCCCUCUACCACUCCGUCACCUCCCUCCUCCGCCGCCGAAAGCUCUUCUCUCCCGCCAUCUGGCAAUACUCGCUCUUGCACCAGGACCCUCGGGGGAUGUCUGAGUAUUUGGCUUAUGAACCGGCCUUCCUUGCUCGGCUCUCCUCCCCGGUUCUCCUCUCCUCUCUGCUGCAUAUCGAGCCGGGUGCGGCAGGGGCGAGGCUUUCGCUCCGGUAUCGGCUCAAUGGGAGCGCCGGUGUGCUAGGCUCAGGGGUAGGUUUGGGGCUAGGUCCGGUGUACGAGCAUGAGGAGUUCCUGCCGCUGCUGAACCCCCGGGCGCACAGGCGGAAGGGCGGCAUGAGCGCACACGAGUGCCUGGCAGCCGCAUACUACCUGCUGCUUCAAGACCGAAUCAAAGAGGCCCACCUCAUGUUUCUCCGGGCAGCCUCUAGAAAGAUUUUCGCCCUGCCCGACACGUGGCGGGCAGCUCUGUGCGGUGGGAAUGGGAGUGCUGCUCCUGUUGGGGCUGGUGCUGAGACUCCUGCUGAAGCUCCUGCUGAGGGUGCUGAGGGCGGCGAGAGGUCUGCUGCUUCUGGUGUUGGUACCAAUACCAGCAGCACCAGUAGCAGCGCUGUCCCCUUCACUGACCUCCCCGCUACAGUGAAUGUGCAGCUGGCAGCAGAUUACAUGGCGGCCUUUCUCGACAUUCUCCUCUGCCCGACCGACCGCCUGCCUGUGGUCGCCCGGGCAGUUGCGAAAAAGUACCGAGCUGUGGAUAGGAAUGGCGGCAGCAGUGGAGGAAGCUGCCCGGUGGUUUCCUGGAGAAAGCGCUUUGCUGACCUGGGCAAGCAGGUGUAUGAAAUUUGGAUGGCUGCCCGAGCUGCCCGGGCUGCCCGGGCAGGGGGGCGUAUCAUUGCACAGAGUGGUGUGGAGGGGCAUGGAGUGGCUGGGAUGGAAGGGCAGGCGCAGAGUGAUAAGAGAAUGGAAGGAGGAGGUGGAGGAGAGGGGGUUGGUGGGGGUGGUGAUGCAUGGGAGUGGGAGGAGGACGAUGACUGGCUGGCGGAGGCAGCGGAGGGGGACAGCGCAGCAGUGGACCCGUUCUCCUUAAAGAAGAGCUCCGGACCCAAACCCUCCCACGAGCCCUUCCUUGACGCCAAGCUGCUGCCCCCUGCUGCUGCUUCUGGCACAGCCAGCACUAAACUCGGUACAGUCACGCCGGGUACAGUCACGGCGGCGGCGGUGGUGGGGGUGCGGUAUGCGAACGUGGAGAGCAUCCGAGUGGACGUGUUUGCGUUCGACGAGGAGACAUUCUUCUCCUCCUCGCCCUUCUCCCUGCUCUCGGGCGUAGCAGCAGCCGCUGGGGAAAGCAGUGUGAAGGACAGCAGGCGUGGCAGGGAUGGGACGGCAGGAGGAGAGGGUAGCAAUGGGGUGGGCGGGCCCUCGUCCAUCUUCGUGGCUCCGAAUUGGUCCACAGUUGUCAGCACUGGCAGCGGCAGAAGUGGCACUGGUGGUGCAGCUGCUGGUACAGGCUCCAGCAGAGGCAGCAGUGGCAGCAGAGGCAGCAGUGGCAGUGUGGUGGUGGCGUUGCCAGCGGAGUUCGAUUCAGAGGCAGUGCUCAUCACAGUCUCCUCGGGUGCUCUCUCCACCACUCUCCUCAGGCCGGUGCACGAGUCUCUUGUGGUAGAGGUGGUAGAGAGGCUGGGUCAGCUGAGAGUGCUUCGCCGCAUUCCCACACCUGCGCCAGCACCUGCCGAUGGGUCUUCGGGCAGUGGGCAAGCAGGAGCAGUGGAAGGCCGGCUGGAGUCAGCUCAGGGAACUUUGGUGCCGCUGCCCGGGGCAUAUGUGAAAGUUUUCUUCCGCCCCAAGUCGCGAGGGGUUUCUUACCUUUUCAGCGGCAGUGCAGGGGAGGAGAGGGGUGGGGCGGAGUUUUACAAGGAUGGGUACACGGACAGGCGUGGGUGGUUUGACUAUGCGUUUGUGAGCACGGAGGAUGUGGAGAAGGUUGAUAUGUUUGCUGUGCUUGUGACUAAAGAGGGGGCGGGUUCAAUUGUGCGCCAUGUGAAGCCUCCCAAGGUUUGA